CGUCGCGCCGGCGGGCGCACAAGCUCCAGGCGUGGGCCGGCGACAGACUUCCGGCGGGGCUCGCGGGCAGCUCACACCUGAGAGAAGGAGGGCCAAGGCGGCCCCGCCCAGGUCAUCACCUGCCGCGCGCCCCACAGGCCAGGCAGCCGGUCCCUCUGCGAGGCCUUGUCUCAGUGGCGGGGCGGAACGGCGCGGACGUUGGGCGCGAGUUUGGCGGCCGCUCCGCCGGACUGCGCCUCCCAGGGAAGGCCGUGCCAGCCCAAGGUCCUGGUGCCGCCCUCGAGAGGACGGAGCCGGCGGCCGCACACACGCGUUCCUUUCCUUGGGCCGCACGGUUUUGGGGGAAGCAUGAGUUAGUGGCUGCCGUUGAGAGGCUGAACUCAAGGACGCGGUUUCCCAGCUUGCGUGGGAAAGCCUGACCUGGCGGCGUCGGGCCGCAGUCCCGCGUUUUCACAGCCCCCUGGAGCUGCCGCCUUCAGGCUUUUGUGGCCACUGGGCAGUGGCCCCAUCAUGUCUGGGCCCCAGACUCCUGAACAAACACUGGAUGCCCAGGGUGACUCAUCCCUAUGCAGGAAAGAUGAGGACAUCAGGGAAGGGACCCAGAGCUCCCACCGCAUGCUGGGUUUCAGUGACGCACUACUGUCCAUCAUUGCCACAGUCAUGAUCCUUCCUGUGACCCACACGGAGAUCUCCCCAGAGCAGCAAUUUGACAAAAGUAUACAGAGACUUCUAGCAACCAGGAUUGCUGUCUACCUGAUGACAUUUCUAAUUGUGACUGUGGCCUGGGCCGCACAUACCAGAUUAUUUCAGGUUGUUGGGAAAAUAGACGAUACACUUGCCUUGCUCAACCUGGCCUGCAUGAUGACCAUCACCCUUCUGCCAUACACAUUUUCCUUAAUGGUGACGUUCCCUGAUGUGCCACUGGGCAUCUUCCUGUUUUGUGUGUGUGUGAUCGCCAUUGGAGUUGUGCAGGCACUGAUUGUGGGGUAUGCUUUCCACUUCCCACACCUGCUGAGCCCGCAGAUCCGGUGCUCCGCCCACAGGGCCCUGUCCCGAAGGCACAUCCUGCACCUUGUCCUCCGUGGUCCAGUGCUGUGCUUUCUUGCGGCCAUCUUCUCCCUCUUCUUCUUUCCUGUGUCAUACCUGCUGAUGGUGACCGUCAUCUUCCUGCCCUACAUCAGCAAGGCCACCAGUUGGUGCAAAGACAGGCUUGUGGGUCACAGGGACCCCCCCACCCACAGUGCAGAGGUCUUCAGCUUCGACCUGCAUGAGCCCCUCAGUAAGGAACGGGUGGAAGCCUUCAGUGAUGGUGUCUACGCCAUUGUGGCCACGCUCCUCAUCCUGGACAUCUGCGAGGACAACGUCCCAGACCCCAAGGCCGUGAAGGAACAGUUCCGCGGGAGCCUCGUGGCAGCCCUGGGCGCCUAUGGGCCACACUUCCUGGCAUACUUCGGCUCCUUUGCCACAGUGGGUCUGCUCUGGUUUGCACACCACUCGCUCUUCCUGCACGUCCGCAAGGCCACACAGGCCAUGGGUCUGCUCAACACCCUCUCCCUGGCCUUUGUGGGUGGCCUCCCUCUGGCCUACCAGCAGACUGCAGCCUUCGCCAGGCAGCCACGAGAUGAGCUGGAGCGUGUGCGCCUCAGCUGUGCCAUUGUCUUCUUCGCCAGCAUCUUCCAGUUUGCCAUCUGGACUGCGGCCCUGCUGCGCCAGGCAGAGACGCUGCAGCCAGCUGUGCGAUUUGGUGGGCAGGAGCAUGCCUUCAUGUUUGCCAAGCUUGCGCUAUACCCCUGUGCCAGCCUGCUGGCCUUUGCAGCCACCUGCCUGCUGAGCAGAUUCAGCACAGCCAUCUUCCACGUCAUGCAGAUUGCAGUGCCCUUCGCCUUUCUGCUGCUGCGCCUCCUCGUGCGCCUGGCUCUGGCCAGCCUGCAUGGCCUACGCCACCUGCGGCCAGCACAACCUCUCCGGAGCCAGGCCCCAGAGGAGGCCCAGUCCCAGCUCCUGCCUUCCUCCUGCUAGUGGAAGCUAUGCCUGCCCCUGAAGGAAGCCUUGGGGGUUGGGCCAGCAGGCCCCAUGGAUCCACAGUCUGGGUUUUGCCUCCAUUGUGAAAUAUCAAGAUCUGUUUCAGAGUA